UGCAGGCAGAUUCUUUACUAUUUGAGCUAUGGGGAAGUCCUCAGGCAAGGCUAUUUUGGUAAAAUUGCAUAGACCUGUCUAUAAACACAUACAUGAGGGCAUGUAUAACUGAUGAAAUCUACAUCAACCCUAUGGAUUAUUCCAAGACUUGGAGUCCAGAUACAGUGCCAAUAUUUUAUCUCCAGAAAAGGACAUUUAUGAAAUAUAUUCAUUCCAGUGGGAGAUAAUGGAAAGAAUUAAAAGCUAUAGCCUUCAGGACUCCAUUUUCAGAAGUGAUUGGGAAUGCAAAAGCAAAAUUGAGGGGCAAAAGGAAGCACAAGAGGGAUAUUUUGGGCAAGUGAAAAUGGCUUCUGAAAAAAUGACCACUUACAAAAAGCAUAAUCUUCUUGCUGAAUAUCAGAGAGUUCAUAAUGGAGAAAAGUUAUAUGAAUGUAAGGUAUGUAGGAAGACCUUUAUUCGUCGUUCAACACUUAGUCAACACCUGAGAAUUCACACUGGUGAGAAACCUUACAAAUGUAAGGAAUGUGGGCAGGCCUUUAGACAGCGUGCACACCUUAUCAGACAUCACAAACUUCAUACUGGUGAGAAACCCUAUGAAUGCAAAGAAUGUGGGAAGGCCUUUACAGUCCUCCAAGAACUGACUCAGCAUCAGAGACUUCAUACUGGUGAAAAGCCCUAUGAAUGUAAGGAAUGUGGAAAGGCCUUUAGAGUACAUCAGCAACUCGCUCGACAUCAGAGAAUUCACACUGGUGAGAAGCCCUAUGAAUGUAAGGCAUGUGGGAAGACCUUUAGGCAAUGUACACACCUUACUAGACAUCAAAGACUUCAUACUUCCGAGAAGCUCUAUGAAUGUAAGGAAUGUGGGAAAGCCUUCGUAUGUGGUCCAGACCUUAGAAUACAUCAGAAAAUACAUUUUGGGGAGAAACCCUAUGAAUGUAAGGAAUGUGGAAAGGCUUUUAGGAUAUGCCAACAGCUUACUGUCCAUCAGAGUAUUCAUACUGGUGAGAAACCCUAUGAAUGUAAGGAAUGUGGGAAGACUUUUAGAUUAAGGCAGCAACUUGUUCGCCAUCAGAGAAUUCAUACUCGUGAGAAACCCUAUGAAUGUAUGGAGUGUUGGAAGACCUUUAGUAGUUACUCACAACUUAUUUCCCAUCAGAGCAUUCAUAUUGGUGAGAGACCUUAUGAAUGUGAAGAAUGUGGGAAGGCAUUUAGACUACUGUCACAACUUACUCAACAUCAGAGUAUUCAUACUGGUGAGAAACCUUAUGAAUGUAAGGAAUGUAGAAAACCUUUUAGACUGCUCUCACAACUUACUCAACAUCAGAGUAUUCAUACUGGAGAGAAACCUUAUGAAUGUAAGGAAUGUGGUAAAGCUUUUAGACUUUAUUCUUUUCUUACUCAACACCAGAGAAUUCAUACUGGUGAGAAACCCUACAAAUGUAAGGAAUGUAAGAAGGCCUUUAGACAACAUUCACACCUUACUCAACAUCAGAAAAUUCAUAAUGUAAUUUAAUGCAAGGCUUUCAAAUGCACGUUAUGUUACAGAACAUCAGAAAAUUCAUUUUUGAGAGAAUUUGUUUGAUGCUCAUCAUUAAGCAUAAAAAAUUUAUACUACAGAAAAAAAUGUUGCUUUAAUGGUUGCUUCCACCACCAUUCAAGCAUUGUCUUCAGCAUAUUCAUAUGAGAAAGUAAUAUAAUGAAUGCAGGAAAAUCUUUAGCCUUAUCUAUCUUUAUUGCCAUUUGACCACUGUAUUACCAGUGUAUUAUUGGAUAGGUACUUAAAUUUCUGUGCCUCAUUUUGCUCACUUGUAAAAUGGUGAUAGUAGUAUCUAUGAAUAUUAGCUAUUUAUUGCUGCAUAAUAAAAUACCACAAACUUAGUAGCUUAAAAUAAUAUACAUUUAUUAUCUCAGUUUCUAUGGGUCAGGAGUCUAGGCAUAACUUAGUUAGGUCCUCUGCUUCAGGGCCUCUCACACGGCUAAAAUCAAGGUUUCAACCAUGACUGAGUCUCAUCUGAAGGCUCAACUAGGGAAGAGAUCCGCUUCUAACCUCACAUGGUUGUUGGCCAAAUUAAUUUCCUGAGGGCUUUUGCCCUAGAAUUUUUCAGAUUCUAGCUGGCUGUGGCUGAAGGCUGACUUCAGUCAGGUCCUUGCUGUAUGAGCCUCUUCAGCAUAACUGCUUGCUUCAUCAGAGAAUGCAAUCCAAGAAAGCAAGAGUCUGCUAGCAUCAAAGAAGCUAUCAUCUUGUGUUUCUAAUAAUUGAAAUGAAAUUAUUUCAUUACCUUUGCUACCUUCUAUUGCUUGGAAGCAAGAAACUAGGCUGCCCUAUACUCAAGGGAACAGGCUUAUAGAAGAGUAUGAAUCCCAGGAGGAAGGGAUCACUGGGGCCAAUUCAGAGUCAGCCUGCUGUAUCAUUGUGAGGAUUGAGUAGUUAAUACUUGGAAAAACAGCAGCCAUAUAGCAUGUUUUCUGUAAAUAUUAUCUGUAGUUGUUAUUAACAUCAUUAGUGUUAGUGAAUUCAUAUGAAAGGAAGAUCCUAUAGAAGUAAUAAAUGUAGAAAUGCCUUCUGUCACUGCUCAGUACUUACUAAACUUAAGAUUAUUUUGGAUAAAAUCUAGGAGGUUAUAUUGAAUGCAGGAAGUUCUUCAUCACUUGAGCUGCAUCAGAAAUUUCAUGCUGAAAAAAAACAUGAUGAAUUUCAUGCAUAUGAGGUUAAGAAUAUAGUGGUUGAAGAAGCAAAGAGAAAUAUGAAAUUGUUUUCCCAUAACAAAUUACAAGGUAAAUGUUUUAUAAUCUGUAUUCUCUGACCACCACUCAAGAUUAAUUAGAAACUAUCCAAAAGAUGGCAAAAAAGAAACUAACCACUUGGAAAUAUAAUUGUGUAUGUGUGUGCAUAUGUGUGUGUAUAUGUUACUCUUGUAGAAAGAAAAAAAAACAUUCCAUUACAACUAGUAAAUUUUUGAUGCUCAUAGUAUCCCAUCUUCAACCAGUAGGAGUUGGGUUUUUUGACAUGACCCCAGUUGCAGUUUGAUAGUUUACUUGGUUAUGGCUGCCUAAUUUGAUCAGUUUGGGAAGAUGCUUGGAUACCAAUUCAUUCUGAAAACUAAUAAAUAAAGGGAAAAGUAUUUAUUUUGCUUUUUCCAUGUGAAUCAGGUCUCAGGGUCACCCAAAACUCAUCAAACUAAAAUUUUUUUUAAUUUAAUAAAUCUUACCAGUAAAUACAGAAAAAAAAUUGAUAUUUGGAUUAGAAAAAUCAUUUUCUAGUUCCUAAUUUAAAGAAUAAUGUCCAGAAAGUGAUCUUCAAGGGAUAUUAAAACUAUUUGGGGAAAGAGUGUAUAGUGAGAACUUUAUAUUGGAUUUAUCUAGCUGACCAUCUCUAAGCCCUUUGGCUCAUUUUAACAUCUAUAAAAGUGAAACUGUCAGACAGUAUGCACCUCCUGGUAUAAUGCAGUUAGGAAGUACAUGUCACUACCUAUGAAAUUUUCUUGCCAAAAUAAUGAACAGAAGGAAUCAAACUUUCAAAUCAAAAAUUUUUUUAAACCCAAGAAUUUGAGAAAUAGAUGAACAAAGUAAAUGAUACCACAGGAAGCAGCCAAGCAGAUCCAGAAUGUAUAAAAUUCCCAAAACAAUUCCCAAAAUUGACCUGAUUUCUUCAACUAUUGAGUGGCAUGAAAAAAUAAGGGCACUGUUACCAGAUUUUUAAAAAAGACUGGAGGCACAUCAGCUAAAUUCAAUAUGUGGGCAUUAUUUGGACCCAGAUUGAAUAAAGUGUAAAGAGACAUUGUGGAGACUGGGGAAAAUGUGGACAUGCACUGAGUAUUAAGUGAUUUUUAGAAAUACUAGUUUUGUUGUUUAGUUACUAAGUUGUAUCCAUGGAUUGCAGCCCACCAGGCUCCUCUGUCCAUGGGAUUUCCCAGGCAAGAAUACUGGAGUGAGUUGCCAUUUCCUUUUCCAGGGGAUUUUCCUGAAGCAGGGGAUCUUCCCAACCCAGGGGUCAAACCUGAAUCUCUCGGGUCUCCUGCAUUGGCAGGUGGAUUCUUUACCACUGGCGCCACCCAGGAAGCUCGAUAAUAAUAUCAAUGUGGUUAUUAAAAAAGAAAAUAUUUUAUGAUUAGAAAUAAACAUAUAGGAAAUGGUAAGAUACCCAGAUUUGUAUUAAAAUAUUCCAGCAAAAGAAAAAUAAUUGGCAAAGAGAGCUAGAAAGUAUCAAUAGGUUGGUAAAUGUUAAUAAUUACUGAAGUAGAAUGGUUGUUUAUGGGGGGUUCAUUGUUCUAAUAUUUUUACUUUUUUAUGUGUUUGGAAGUUUCAAUAAUAAAAUAUUUAAAAUCAAAACAAAUUAUACACUGCUUCAGAAAUCAUUGUUAAUAAGAUGCCUGCAUAUAUGAACUUGUCAGAUGUCACCAAAGUUCUAUUCAGCGAGGAACUUAUGCCCCUGAAUGCAUUAAGGAAAUCUUGUUUGUAGGCCUAGGCUUCAUCUUCACUUUUCCACAGCCAUCAAAGCUGGGCCUGUCACAUGGAUAAAUGUGUUAAAGGAAUGAAUAAACCUUUAUGUCAAGAAACCAGAAAAAGAACAAAGUAAAACCAACAGAAGAGAAGCAAAGUAAAUUUAAAAUUAGAAAUUAAGGGGUUAGAUACUAGUAGACUUAAUCCAAUCUUAAUACUAUAUCUUGGCAAGUCUAAUCAAUGAAAAGAAAAUGAAAUAUGAAACAGCAUUAAUGAUGACAAAAGGGACAUUACUACAGAUUAUCAAGAAUUUUUUCUUUUAAUUCUAAGGUAACACUAUUUGUAUGUACAAUAUGUAUUCCAAUAUAUGUCAAAAUAUAGAGGGAUUGCAUUUUCAUCUCUAAGAAUGUUAUCACAACUGACUGCUCUAGAACCCAAACAGACCAACAAAUAAAUGUGUGUGUAUGAAGUUCCUGUUGAAGGAAAAAAAUCUGAUAGUUGCAUAGGUGAAAGUCUUAAGAAACAGAUAAUCCUUAACAGGAUUUUAGCAAUUUUGCACAGGUAAAAUAGUCCUGAUAUAAAACCAGAUAUGAAUAACCCCUAAAGAGCAAAAUCUAGACCAGCUUCAUUUAUGACAAGUCUAUUAAUUCUAAAUAGUUGUAUUUUGAAUUUAUUACAAAAUCAGUCUUCAUUAAUAGGUUAAUGUUUUGCCUUUUCCAAGCACAAAAUAUCUCCAGAAGGCCUGUGUUUAACCUAGCACAAGACCUUAACCCAACAUUCUCCACAAGUUUGUUUUAGGGAUACUAAUCCAUGAGGAUAUUUAGGGGAAAAAAGGUAUUGUGGGGAAAAUCGUAAAUGAAACAAAGGAUAAAAUAUCUAUUUUGGGGGGGGAAAUCCAAGUACCUCUUAGCAGCUUGUUAAAAGAUGUAUUCAAGAUGUAUUUUCAUUUAACACAGUGUAUCUCAAAUUUACUUCACUGUGCAAUUCUCUCACUCCAAAUAUCCCUUAACACCUUUAGAGUGUGAACCAUUUUGGUAGAUGUUACCAUAACCACAGUGAGUGUCUUGAAGGAUGUCAUUUCAGACAUUAUGGUGAGUGAGUGUGUUGGGGAAGGGUGAGGAAGGUCACUUUUCUCCGCAGCUCACAUCAUACUCUGAAAGCAGCUUCCGGCUUGAACACUGGGCUAGUUCUUUUCUACAGGGUGGAAACGAUUUCAGCCUGGUCCUUGGUAGUAUAUGUAUUAAACAAGCUGAAAUACUCUAUUUAACAGUGAUUAGGACAUAAAUGAUUUUUCAUUGUAAUAAAAAUGCUAUAUUAAAUAUCA